AUGUACCCAGUGUGCAUAACUCUGUAUUUUUGUUUCUCUUCUUUAGAUGAUGAAAGUCAUACAGAAUCAAAACUUCAGCACGAACAAGAUAAAUCAAACUCCCUUCCCAUUCCUUCAGUUUCCAAGCGAAUUGUGCUUGGUGAUUCUGUCUGUAAUGUGGCAGGCACGGCUGACCAUGCAGGCAGCAUGGUAGACCUCAAAGGGGAUAAGGACUUGUUCAGUAAAACUCCAGAGCUUGUCAAUGAGGGUACAAGUGAGCUCCGUCACCGUAAUAGAGGGGAACUGCCAUCUGAAGCUGCACCACGGCCACCUAGACACGGAUUAGACCAGUACUUAUCCAGAUUUGAUGAAGCUCUGAAGCUGCGGAACCAGCUGAUGAAUGAGAAGCCAAGCCAAGAGAAUGGGAAUGCAGAGGAGUUUGACUCUUUCCGCAUUUUUAGAUUGGUGGGAUGUGCUCUGCUUGCCAUCGCAGUAAGGGCUUUCGUGUGCAAGUACUUGUCAAUAUUUGCACCAUUUCUUACUCUACAACUUGCUUACAUGGGACUGUCCAAGUACUUUCCAAAGUGUGAGAAGAAGGUGAAAACGACAGUAUUAACUGCUGCUCUUUUACUGUCUGGAAUCCCUGCAGAAGUGAUUAGUCGCUCCAUGGACACCUACAGCAAAAUGGGAGAUGUUUUCACAGACCUUUGUGUCUAUUUCUUUACUUUUAUCUUUUGCCAUGAACUUAUUCUGUUUUUUGGUUCUGAAGUACCGUGAUGGUGUAGAGUUCAAUGCAGUAGUUACACUAAAGCUUUCUGGACUGUAUUCCUUUAACGUCUGACUGUGCAGAGAGGUUUAAACCUUCAUUAAAAUUACCUGUUUGAAUGCUUGAAAGGAGCCUUAAAUCCAGUCAUUUUGGGAAAGGAAGAGCAGGGUCCCAGACUGCCACUUGUAUUGGUUCAGUUUGUUUAAAUACUGUGUCUGCCUAUUACAAAUGUGAAGAAUAGGAUGCAAGUGUCAGUGGAUGAUUUAUUUGGUUUAGUUAUAUGAUGCCCUUCUCAGCCUCCUUCAUAAACAUUUACAAAGCUGCCUUUGUUUUCAGAGAGAACAAAGAGAAGAGAAUUCCUUUCAGCAGAAUCAUAUAUAUAUAUCUCUCCAAUAUGACUAUAGCUUACAAGAACUGCUCGUUUUGUGGUGUUCCCAUUUUUUAAGAAAGCUUUAAAUAAAAGAAAUCCCUGUAUUCUGUUGUUCAAAUUCAGAAUGUUGAACCAAGUAGCUGCUUCUGGAGAACGUUGG